AUGUGUGGAGGUAACAAGUAUCAAUGGAUUUCUACUCGUGAAAAUGAUAAAAGAAAAGAUUACACACAUUUAGAUAAUGGCGCAUUUGUAUACAAACAUAUUUAUUUGGAUGAAUUUGAACAAGAAUUUAAUAUUCAACCUUUAUAUUAUACGGUUGUGGAUCCAUUAGUUGAAGAACUUUUGGAUAAACAAAAUCUUUCAGCUCGUCUAAAUAAUGUUACAGAUAUUGAUCGCAAUUUUAUUGCUGAAAGAUUUAUGAAAAGUAAAGAAUAUUCACCAUAUCUUAAAGAUCUCAAGGAAAAGGUCGAACGAGGUGAUAGAAAUAUCGAUGAUGGAAGAGUUUAUAUACGUUGGGUUAAUGAUCAUGUUAGAUAUGGGAUGUUUGCUGGCAAAGACUUUGAAAAAAAUGACAUUAUUGGACUUUACACUGGAUAUAUUACCAAGAACAUUAGUGAUUAUGAAUAUGCUUGGGAAUAUAAUUAUAUUGUUAAUGUACUGGAUGAAAAUAAUGCAAAAGUUGGAGUUUGUAUUGAUGCAAAAUACCGAGGGAAUUAUAUGAGAUUUGCAAAUCAUCGUGACAAUAACCCAAAUGGGGAUCAAUUCUAUACUAUUUAUGAUGAUAAAUGGCAUGUUCUUUAUAUUGCUCAAACAAGUAUUAAAGUAGAUCAAGGAUUAAAAAAUUUGCUUACAACUUAUAAUAUUCUUGUGGCAGCUGAAGCAUCAACCAUUUCAUUUAAUGCAAUCAAUUAUGCAUUUGAUCUAUGUUCACAGUUAUCUAAACCAUAUUCAUUGAAAAUAAUAUAUAUUAUUGCAUUGAAUCCUGAAACGCAUGUACCAUUCUUAUGUAAUUUGGACAAAGCAAACAAUAUUGACAUUCUUUCAGAUGCAAAAGAAACAAUAAAUAAAUUAAAAGACUAUUUAAAAAUUUUUGAUAAAACCAUGCCAAAAGUGAAAUAUGAAUUUAUUGAAUAUGAAGAACAUGGAACUGUAGGAGAAAUUAUAAAAGAAUAUAUUAACAAGAAAGAACCAAAUUUAGACGCUUUAAUUAUUGGAUCAAGAAAUCUUGAUGGUUCUACUAGUGAUUAUUUAGUAAAAAAUAUUAAAUGUCCAGUAACAAUUGUUAAAUCUUAA